UCCCCCAGAAUGGCUCAUAUCCUAUCUUUGAUCUGUUUUUCAUAAACACUCUCAUCAUUAAUCUCCCCUCUUUUGAUCCAUUUUCAAUACAAUGGUAAUGGGUGAUGGAAAAAGGCACAACUUUAAAGACCAUCAUCAAGAAUCAAAUGAACAUGAACAACAUCAUCAUCAUCAUCAGCAGCAGCCAUGUUCCUCCAUUGAAGAAGCUUCAACCAUCUCAAAUGGAUCAUCAUCAUCUGAUGAUAAUAAUAAUAAUAAUACCUUCUCGUCUUCAUCAUCUUCUUCUUCUUCAUUUGAUACAGCAGAUGACGAUGAUGCUUCUUCUUCAGCUAAUUCCAGUAGAUCUUCUUUAUAUGAUCUUUCAGACCUCAUGUCUCAGUUACCCAUCAAGAGAGGUCUCUCGAAGUUUUAUCAUGGGAAAUCAGACUCAUUUACAUCUCUUGCAAGGGUGACGAGCAUAGAAGAUCUUCCAAAGAAAGAUAAGAACCCUAAAUCCAGCAGCUUCAGAUCCCACACCCUUCCUAAACCAAUCAUCUCAAAGAAAAUUUCCAGAAAGAAAAAGUUCCCAUCGAAAACUCGAGCUUUAUGAGUAGAUUCAGACCAGAUCUUUUGGUUUUAUCAUGUUUGUAAGAGAGUUUUUGCUGGUUUUUUUGUGUAAAUACAAGGCAUAAGAUGACUGGAUAACUCCUUUUUCCUUAUAUCAA